CUAACCCCAAUUACUCUCUUACCUUCUCCCAUUUUCUCGGUCGCCUCCCAAAAAUCUCAAGAAAUGCAGCACAACCCACCAACCCCACCUAGCCAAUUCAGCAUCUCGGAAGCCGCCGCCGCCGCGGCGGCGGCGCCGCCGCCGCCACAAAUCCCCGCCGACGAGCCCACCUUCUCGUCCCUCUUCGACUGGUCGGAUUUCCUCGACUUCAACAUCGAUGAAACCCUCACCGCACCCAUACCCCACCCCGAGCUCGAACCACCCCCGAUUGACCAAAGUCAACCCUCCGACAGUUCGGGUCCGGACAAAUCGGAGCGGAUCCGGAAGAGGGACCCGAGGCUGACAUGCUCGAAUUUCUUAGCCGGUAUUGUCCCGUGCGCCUGCCCUGAAUUGGAUGCGCUGCUGGCCGAGGAGGAGGCGGUGCUCCCCGGGAAGAAGCGGACCCGCACCGCGAGGAACCCGGGUCUUAACCCGACCCGGUGCCAAGUUCCGGAUUGCGAGGCUGAUAUCAGCGAGCUCAAAGGGUACCAUAGGCGCCACCGAGUUUGUUUGAAGUGCGCUAAUUCGAGUAUGGUGGUUCUCGAUGGGGAGAGCAAGCGGUACUGCCAGCAGUGUGGAAAGUUCCAUAUCUUGUCAGAUUUUGACGAGGGUAAACGUAGUUGUAGGAGGAAACUAGAACGUCACAAUAACAGGCGUCGAAGAAAACCAAACGAUUCUAAAGAAGGCACGGAAAAGGAAUCUCAACAGAUUCUCUUGGCCGAUGAUGUCAGCGGUGACGAUGAUACUGCAAAAGAUGGUAUAUGUGUGAGCAGUCAGAUCGAAGAAAGGGAAAUAUUGCCGGAGUCAAAUGCACAUGUCUCUACAGUAGGAUCAGGUCUCGAUUCUCAAAACCUCCAAAGUGAUAGUGUCGCAUCGUUUUCUACUCCAGCCGAUACUCAUAUCGAAGGGGAUAAAGAUAAACAGAAUCCCAAAUACAAACUUUCACCAUCUUACUGUGACAACAAGACUAAUUUUUCCUCUUUGUGUCCUUCGGGUCGGAUCUCGUUCAAGCUCUACGAUUGGAAUCCAGCAGAGUUUCCUCGACGACUUCGACAUCAAAUAUUCGAAUGGCUGGCUAACAUGCCUGUUGAGUUGGAGGGGUAUAUCCGUCCGGGCUGUACUAUUUUGACGGCUUUCAUUGCAAUGCCAAAGCCCGAGUGGCUUAAGUUAUUGGAGGAACCAGCUCUCUGCUUAAAAGACCUUGUUGCCUCACCUGGGAGUAUGUUGUCUGGACGAGACACAAUGCAUGUUUAUUUAAACGACAUGAUCUUCCGUGUCACAAAAGAUGCAAAUUCAGUAGUGAAAGUCAAAGUGAAAAGUCAAGCUCCAAAGCUUCACUAUAUAUACCCGACGUGCUUCGAGGCUGGCAGGCCGAUGGAAUUUGUGGCCUGUGGAAGUUUUCUACUUCAACCAAAUUUUCGGUUUUUAAUUUCAUUUGCUGGGCGAUACUUGGCAUAUAGUUUUUCUAUUUCACCUCCGAAUUGUGAAAAAGACGCGAAAGGUACCAACUAUCAAAUGUUGAAGAUACGUGUCCCUGAAAUUGACGUAGCUCUGUUUGGCCCUGCUUUUAUUGAGGUGGAGAACGAGUCUGGAUUAUCGAACUUCAUCCCAAUUCUCGUGGGUGACAAAGAAACUUGUGAAGAAAUGUCAAUCUUGCAACAAAAAUUCGACACAAAACGAGAAAUCUCUCAUCCACAGCUUGCAUGUCAAGAUUUUGCUUUAAGACAAGAUCAGUUCUCGGAGUUUCUUCUAGAUGUAGCAUGGUUGCUCAAAAAACCCGUGUCCGAUCAACAAUUGACAUCAUCCCAUAUCCAAAGAUUCAACCACGUAUUCGAUUUCUUAAUUGAAAAAGAAUCUUCCAUCAUUUUACAGAGAGUAUAUUCCUCCGUGAGAUCUGCCCUAGACAACGAUUUAGCUCCUUGCAUUUCCGAUUCUGAGAUGAGUUCAUUACAGAAAAACAUGGAAAUUGCCCAAAGAAGGCUUUCUCAUAACUUGCUCGAGAAAAAGUUUUCGACAAUGCCCAACAGUGAAAGCACCUCCCAAAUUGAUGAUAUUUAUGUUGCUCCAGCUACUAAUAUGGGUGUGCAGAGAAUGGUGAAGAAUAUGAUGGGGAUGAAAGUGCCCACAUCGCCAUCGAUAGAAGAAGGUGCGACAGUUCCUCUAUUAAAACGAGAGGUGAUCAUGACCGUUGAUCUUCAAGAAAGGCCGAUGAAACCUGGCCAUGGAUUCUUAACGAGAAGAUUUUUGACCUCACGGAGUCUUAUAGUGGCGGUUAUGGCAGUUGCUAUUUGUUUUGGAGUAUGUUCAGUUGUUCUCCACCCACAAAAGGUCGACCGGAUAGCCACAACUAUACGGAGUUGUUUGUUCGACAACUCGUAGUAUAUCGAUUUCUUUUUUUACUUUCUUUCGUGUUUUGCUGUGCAUAUUGGAUACAUAAUAUAUUUAAUUUUGAGCUUAUUAUUAACUUGAUUGUAUAGAAGGGCUGGGCUUGUAUUUGUACCUUUACAGGAGAGAAGAUAAAUCUGUAGGCUUUUUAUUCAGAAAGUAUGUAACAGUUUAGAUGUGAUUAAACUGUUACAUUUUUGUACUAUUGUUGUUAUGAAUAAUCUCUGCUGCUUCUUAGUGUUUGCAGCAUCUCAUCUUCUU